AUGGACACCAUCCAGUGCAGCUUUGCAGCGGAUAAACAAUUUGGACCGUCCGUGUCCUCAUGUCGCCGGGUGUUUGACUUCACAGUCUUCUUUGAAGAAGUGGUACUCGUGAUAAUCCCAGCAUGCGUCUUUAUCACAACUGCCUGUGCCAUUCUGGUUCUGCGACAGGGUCGCCCACUGGUAGUACGCCCCGGCCGACUACGGGUACUGAAACUCGCCUCCGCGAUCGCACUGGCAGCUGUGCAUAUCGCGAUUCUAGCCGUACAAGCGUCUCUCGCCAAUAAGACAACCGCCUCGGUCGCGAGCGCCGUCGUCUCGCUCGUGGCAAGCCUCCUCAUCCCCGUGGUUGCUCAUUUCGAGCACCUGAAAUCCCUGCGCCCAUCUGCCCUCCUGAUUUCGUUCCUCUCCCUGACCUGUCUUUUCGAGGCCGUACGAACCCGUACGUAUUGGCUAAGCGGAGAGGCGGCUCUGGCGGCUGCACUAUCCGCGGGCGUUGGGAUAAGACUUGUUGUUCUAUACCUUGAGACUCUGAGCAAGAAGGGGCUUUUGCUGGCACAGGAUGAAAAGAUAGCCGUCGAGAGUCUGGCCGGACCCAUCAGCCGUACUCUUUUCUACUGGCUGAAUGGGUUGAUGACACGCGGUUAUCGUGGAUUGAUACACCCCGAAGACCUUGGCCCUAUUGACGACCGCUUGCUCACCACGCACUUGCGACUGACAUUUCGAGGUAUCAACGAUCGCUACGGAAGAAACGCCAGCAACUUGAAGCAAGUAGACCUUCCCACGGGGAACGGUCUUAUAGUGCUCACAUUUACCACCCUGGGUCGCACCUGGCUCGGUCCUAUUGCUGCACGGCUUGCUGUGACCGCCUUCACUUUCACACAGCCUUUCCUCGCCAGCGCGGCACUAACAUACCUUCAGGCGGAUGACCCUACCCCCGCGAGCCACGGAUACGGACUUAUAGGCGCGGCGUUCCUGUGCUACGUCGGCAUCGCUGCCGCGACGGGCUGGUAUUGGCACCAAGCAUAUCGCUGUGCCGUCAUGGUCCGCGCCGGGCUCGCCACCGCAAUAUUCGACAAGCUGCUGAGGGUGCCCGAAGGUGACGAGGUUCAGGCGAUGGCUACUACUUUGAUGGUUGAUGACCUCCAGCGCAUCAUGUCUGCCAUUGCGCGUGGGCAUGAGAUAUGGGCUGGUGUCAUCGAGACUGGGUUGGCGACUUGGUUGCUGUACAGGCAACUUGGGCCGUCUUGUUUCGUCAUGCUCGGGCUUGCUGGAGCUUCCGGCCUUCUUUCUCUUCAGAUUAUAAAGAGAACCGGGGGCAGCCAACAGAAAUGGCUAGCUGCUACCCAAAAACGAUUGAAAGUCACCAAGCAGGUGCUCGACAGUUUGAAGGGAAUCAAGAUGACUUCCCAGGAUGGUGUGGCUUACCAAGCCCUGAAGGAUAAUCGGGAACGCGAAAUUAAAGACUCAACUUCGUUCCGUUGGUUCAUGUUGAUAAGUAACUUCCUGUCAUACUGCCCAUUGACACUGUCUCCUCCCCUCUUGUUCGGUGUCUAUAUCGCUACUGCGAGCAAUGGAUAUGAGUUCGGCGUAUCCAAAGUCUUUACAUCCUUGGUUAUUGUCACGCUGCUAUCUGCGCCGUUGGUUCGUCUCUUCCAAGUCGUCCCUCAACUCGGCGGUGCCCAGGGAUGCUUCCAUCGGCUUCACAAGUUUCUGCUACUGGAAGAACGGAAAGAAUAUAGGGAGGAAAUGAAGGUGGAUGAGACAUCUGGAGCGGGUGAUUCACCAAUCAUGUCGCUUCGGGAGGUUUCCUUCGGAUGGGACGCUGAGAGCAACCCAGCCUUGAAGAAUAUCAGUCUCCGCAUUAAGAGAGGGACGAGAGUUGCCAUAGUUGGCUCGGUGGGGACGGGAAAGACGCUCUUCCUUAAGGGUCUCAUCGGCGAAGCCCACAAAACUCAUGGUCAGAUAACGGUAGUCCCGUCCACUACUACCGCCUACUGUAGCCAGACUGCAUGGCUUGAGAACGUCUCUGCUGAACAGAAUCUGACGCAAUAUGGAGGGGAACCGAGCGACUCAAAGGUUUAUCGAGAUCUUGUAUCGGAUUGCGCUUUGGAGGAUGUCGUCAAGCUGCCGACGUUCGCCUCUGAAUCUGUUGGCAGUGGCGGCGUCAAGCUUAGUGGUGGGCAGCGCCAGAGACUGCAAAUACGGAGAAAACAAUUAUCUAUACCACUCACGAUGGUAUUACAUUUCCUCAUCUUUGCCCCAGGCCCUCCGGCAACGAUGCUAACAAUCGUCUUGACAGAAUACAUUGCCAGCCUCGCAGACGAAGUAUACCGCAUUGAUAACACGGGCCAUAUCUUGCAAAUCGCAGACUUAGGCUUGUCAAAGGGGUUGGCUCCGGUCACUCUCAUUGAGGGACAAUCUGUCGACGAUUCCAAGGCUGUUUCAUUUGAAGGGGCGCAUUCCCGAGUGUCUCCAAGCGGCGACAAGCCGAAUCAAGUGGUGAAUAAACUUCAAGCACCGCUCAUCAGUAUGGACAGGCAGGCGGCAAAGCAAACUUUAGGGGACAGAGCCGUGUAUAGGACGUAUUUCAAGUCUGUGGGCUUGAUUCACACGACCAUAUUCCUCUUUGGCGCCAUGGCCUGGUCAGUCAGUUUCAAGUUUCCUGACAUUUGGGUUCAAUGGUGGUCAGAUGCCCCCGCCGCAGGCGCCGACCGGCUAGGAUACUGGUUGGGAAUAUACGCGGCCCUGGGGUUUAUUGCGCUCAUAGUACUGUCCGCCUGGGUAUAUCAUCAGCAGUUCAACGUCAUCACCAGGUCUGGCAAGCACCUCCACAGCCAACUGGCCACCACGGUCCUCAGAGCGCAAUUUCACGUCAUGAGCCAGGUCGACACGGGCAAGAUACUGAAUCAUUUCAGCCAGGACCUCAUGUUCGUCGACAUGCAGCUGCCCAUAGACCUCUUCAACACGUCGUCCGAAUUAUUCACAGCGCUGAUCCAGGUCGUCCUGAUCAAUGUCGCAUCACUCCCAACGCUGAGCGCCGUCCCCGUGCUGCUGGUAGUGUUGUAUAUAGUGCAACACUUCUACCUCCGGACGUCGAAACAGCUGCGGCUCCAGGAGCUAGAGGCAAAGGCGGGCCUUAUCACCAAGAUAGGGGAGACGGCCUCCGGCGCUGGGCUCUCCACCAUACGCGCUCACGGCUGGUCUGACAUUACGAUGUCUCGGUUCCUCGAGAAGCUGGACCGGUCCCAGGAGCCCCUUUACCUGCUGUAUUCGAUACAGCGCUGGCUUCAGGUCGUGCUCGGCCUGGUAGUCGCGGGUACCGUGGUCGCGGUGCUCGGCGCCUCCGUCGCACUCAAAAUGUCCAGGACGGUGAGCGCCGGUGCUAUGGGCGUGGCAUUCCUCAACGCCGUGACGCUCGGGGAGACGCUGACGCAAUUAAUUCUCGCGUGGACCGGGCUUGAGACUUCGAUGGGAGCCAUUGCCCGCAUCGAGCUACUCCAGCGCCAGACGCCGGUCGAGGAUGGUCCGCUCCUGACAGCAGGCCCGACUGGCCGCUGUGCAGGUGGUCGCGGUGCCAUCAAGUUUGAGAAUGUUUGGGCGACGUACAGCGCUGGCGCAGGCGUGGAGACCGCAGACUCAAAGGCGGAAUGGAGCCUGCGAGGCGUUAAUUUGGAUAUCCAGCCGGGCGAGCGCAUUGCGCUGUGCGGGAGAACAGGCUCGGGAAAGUCGACGCUGCACCUGGCGCUGCUGCGCAUGGUGAAUAUCCCCGUUGGAUCCAUCUUCGUCGACGGCGUGGACCACGCUACCAUGUCCCUGGAGGCGCUGCGUAGCAGCUUUCUCGUCAUAUCGCAAGACAGGCUUGAGAGCUUUAGCACCCUCCGCAAGGAACUGGACCCGCAUGACGCAUUUUCAGAUCAGAAGAUCGAGGCCGUGUUGCUUGAAUGUGGCAUCCUGGAUGCGCUACGCAAUAUUCCCGGUGGCCUGGCUGCCCAAAGAGGGGAUUGUAGGUUCUCAGAUGGUGAGGAGCAACUGUUGAGCGUGGCUCGCGUGAUACUGGAGAAUGAGAGAGGUAUCGGAGCACCGGGAAGCGAAAAUAGGAUCGUCCUGUUGGAUGAGAUUACGAGCAGGUAA